UGUGAGGUGUAUCUGAGUGAAGGAAUCUUACGUUUUGUAUUGUGCAUACGAUUGAUAAAAUAACCUCUGUGUUAUCGCAUCAAAAUCAACCGUCCCAGAAAUAAACUGUGUGUACUGGAGACAAAGGAUUUAUUUUGUUUGUUGAUUUUACCUUCUGCAGGUAGGAAAAUUUUUUCCAAAGUGAGCAAAUGUUACAAUGAUACUCAUCCUCCUCCAGUUUAUGCUGUUUGUAAUAUACACAGGAGCUUUUGAAAAUCUAGCACUGGGGAAACCAGCGUGGGAAGAAAAUAUCUGGCCUGGUAAAGAAACAGAAUGGGGAGCAGCGAAGGCGGUGGACGGCCAGUACUCUGAUCGUGAGGCAUUAGGAAACCAAUGCACUAUAUCUGUCGGGGACCAAACAACAGCGACGUUGAGGGUGGACUUAGAAAGUGUGGUCAGCAUCAGCAUGAUCAACAUCUACUACAGGACAGACAAUUUUCCGAGCCCCGGAGCGUUUUAUGAUCGAUUUGCUGGAUUCUUCCUUUACGUUUCUAACACAACGUCAAAAGAUGAUGGUCAUCUUUGUUUCCAUGAAAUACAAAAUGUAAACGGUACACCAUCAGAGGACCAGAGAAUAAAAUGUUAUGUUCAUGGACGAUAUGUCAUAUUCUACAACGAGCGGAGGCCGGGUGUUAACUAUCCCAGUUAUUAUUCUCAAUAUGCAUUUGCCGAUGUGUGUGAAUUGGAAGUAUAUGGAUGUCACAACCCAAAUUAUUAUGGAGAUAAUUGUGACCAAGUUUGCUCAGAGGGUUGUCCAGAGAAAAAGUGUGACGCCAUCACGGGUAACUGUCUGAACUGUUUACCAGGAUAUCAGGGUCUUCGGUGUGAUCAAGUAUGUGAUCAACACAAGUACGGGCAGCAUUGUCCGUUACAGUGCGGCAACUGUAGCGAUGGAGAAACCUGUCACCAUGUCAACGGCACGUGUCUAAAUGGAUGCGAUGUAGGAGUAGAGGGGGAUAAAUGUCAGACACACUGCCAACCUGGAUUUUAUGGAAAGAACUGUGGACAGAGAUGUAGUCAUAACUGUAACGUGACAAACCGCUGUGACAGAUUUACAGGGGAGUGUGACGGGGGCUGUAAACCGGGAUGGAAGCCACCAAACUGUCAGGAAGUGUGUCCCAGAGGAUAUUUUGGAAUAAACUGCGAGAACAGCUGUACUACUUACUGUGGGAGAAACGGUACCUGUGACCGGAUCACCGGUGUAUGUGACGGUGGCUGCGCGGAGGGGUGGAGCGGGCCUCUCUGUGGUACUGUAUCUAAAGUAUCUGAUUGGAGUGAAUGGACGGCAUGCAGCGCCACAUGUGGGGAUAACGGCGUUCGACACAGGUUCAGGACUUCUAUGGGUGUCUGCAUACAUAUUGCUAUAAACGAGACUGGAAAAUGUGGUGAUCAACAAUGCCCAAUUGACGGAUCAUGGGGCGCGUGGGGAGGAUACAGCACUUGUGACAAGUCCUGUGGAGGCGGCUGGAAACUACGGUUCAGGGCGUGUAGCAGUCCCCCUCCUUCCCACGGUGGUCAACCUUGUUAUGGUGAUUCGGUGCAGCCUACAGGAUGCGCGAUGGUCCAUUGUCCCAUUGACGGUGGUUGGUCGACCUGGUCAGACUUUGGUCAAUGUAGUGAAACCUGUGGCCAGGGUGUCCAAAUAAAAUCGCGCACCUGCACCAAGCCAAUCCCGCGUUAUGGAGGGCAGGACUGUAUAGGACUGGCCAAUGCUUUCAAAUCCUGUCAACGUGGAGAAUGUCCAGUGAAUGGAAACUGGGGAGAAUGGGGUCACACCCGCCCAUGUGACAUGUCCUGUGGUGGUGGACUACAGUUACGACUGAGGGAAUGUAACAACCCUCCGCCAUCUCACGGGGGAAUUCCCUGUCCAGGUCAAUCUGUUCACGCAGUAUCGUGUAACACUGACCAAUGCCCAGAUCAAAUCAAGGGUACCCAAUCAUCGAAUCAAUUGAUUGGAUGAUAGGAAAAUGGAAACCACAGUCUAGAAAUAUAGCAGAUACAUUUAGACAUAUAUAUAUAUAUAUAUAUAUAUAUAUAUAUAUAUAUAUAUAUAUUGUAAAUUAGGCAAUUCAACUAAUUAAACUCUUAUGUACAAGAGACAAAGGCGAGUACAAUAUGUAUUGAAACAUGACUACUACUUUACUAUAAUAAAUGCAUAACAAUAUUGUUGUAAUGGUUAUGCUGACAGGCGAAUAAACGCAUUUUAUUUUGUA